CCCCGUUUAGCUGGCUCACUUUGCCUCCUUCCACAAAGCUCUUCUCUGGGCUCUGGACUACCUCUCAGUCUUCACCCAGACCUGCUGCACCACCUGUCCACCAGCAUCUCCUGCUUGCUGAGAAGGUCUUCCCCAUUCAUUUGCAAGUCAAAGGCACAUUAGGGGGAACUUCCUGUGAACCCCUUGCCCCAAAACUUCUUUCCUUCUUUUGGGACACAGCCUGGGAGGUUCUUUAUGUAUUUCCAGGGACCAGGCAGCAUCUCCAUCCUGCACCGCUCUGUGGUGAUGGGACACCCCAACUCAUUCAGGACUGUCCAGGGUGUUCUGUGCCUCAGGAGUUAUCCCACACAACGAUGAGGCACCAUUUGAGCCUGAUGUCUCCUCUCUGCUCCUUCUGACAUCUUCCCCUCCAGCCUUAGCCAACGUUUCCCCUCCGGCCUUACCCAGUGUUUCACCCCCCUUCCCAUCUCUGCCUGUCCAGCCUCUUUUCUCCUCAGUCUCACCCAAGGCAUAGGCUCUGUUGCAGAUCCAAGCUCUCUUUGCUUCUGCCCCACUUUUUCUCUGCAGAAACCUUCUGUAUGCGUGUGCAUACAAUCCCCAGCCCCUCCCUGCCUCUCCCCCAUUCCCUGACCCGGCACCCCCUGCCUGGUUUCUGCCUUUAACAUGAUGCUGAUGUGGUACGAACCCAAGUCACUAACUGGUCAUAAAACAGAGGGAGAGACAAAACCUAGUCAAAUAUUUAGGCAUAGGUCUUUAAUAAGAUCUCUACAAUUCUCACAGCUCUUUAGUAGUACCAAUACACCUUUGUCGUUCCCAUGUCCUCCCUGUCAAGGGGAGGCUUUGUCCCCUGUAGGGAGUUGGGCUGCCUCCACUGCUCUGUCCUGGUCCUUCUGCCUUGGGCAGCGUUUCAUCAGGGCCUUGCCCAGGCAUAAUUUUGCUGGCAGACAGAGGAGAACACAGUUCCUGCCAUUCCCCUGCCCAGCAUGGCACAAAGACUGUGCAGCAUAGUGGAUGCAGAACAGAAGGCACCACCCAAGCUGCCUAUCAAUGUCCACCCAGGGAUGGGGAGCUCAGAGCCAAGCACCAUGAGGGAGCUUUCAUCACUUUCAUCCUUUCCAAUUAAAAGUCCUGCUGAAAACUGGCUCAGCAAGCUCCGCACCCUCUCUUGCCUUGCGUCAGUGGUAGGAGAGGCUGUGGAUCGGCCGCACCGCAGCACAGCAUGAGUUGCAGAGCUUGUAGCUGACAAAUUUAAGCGUGUCGUGCUUUCAGAGGGUAAGGCAGGAGAGUCCAGAGUCUCUGCACCGGAGAAAAGGUGGAGGCAUCACCCGGGCAUGAGAUAAGCAGAGAUGAAAUGGGCAUCCUGGGUGCCUCUGCCCCAGCCGCUGGCUGCCAGGCUUCCUGGGGCGAUGGGCACCUCUGCUCAGUGUGGGAGGUUUGGGGUCAGUUGCAGCCCCAGCUCCUGGCCAAGGUGUUGCUGAUGACACAAGUAACUGAAGGGACAGAGAUUAUGCCACAGCCACAUCUCAGCAAUAUUUCCCGUUCUGACAUCUCUUUUCUGAUCUGCCACCCUCUUUGCAGACCUAAGAAUAUCAUAAGAGAUGGGGAGAACAGACUGUCCCAGAAUUUAAUGAAAUCUGAUAAUAAUAAUGUUAGUGUUAGUGCAACCUGCCAAACCCACAGCACCAUUCCUCGAGGAUGUCGUCCCUUGGACCCAGGAAAAACCGUGUGAAUUACUUCAUUACUUCAGCAAGAUACUUUCCCUUUUCUCUUGAGGAAGAUACAUGGGAUCUGGCUUCUUCCUGAAGAACUGAAACUGUAUUUUGAUUUAACUCCUCAAGGAAGAAAUGUUCUCAGAUCCUAAUGAGAUUAUCCUAAUAACAGUGUAAAAUAGGUCACUGUCUACUACAGGUAUAUUGCCUCCCUCAGAGAAAAGAGAGUAUGAUUUAUAGGUGGGAAAUGUAUGCUGCAUAAGUAAUUACAAACUAAAAUACUAAGAUGGGUAGUGGCUUCUCUCAGAUUUGUUCUGGUUGCUUCCAAAAGCUCUCAUUUCAAAGACAAAGAAUACUGUGGGUUUUCUGGCGCACACUGCAAGUGUGGACCUGACACUCCUCUGGCACACGUCCUUUGAAGCUGGGCAUUGGGAAAUGCUUGCUGGGACAUUCAUAUGUCACAGUUGGACUGUGUCUUCUGAUAAUCAGACAUGGUUAUCCCUAACUCUGAAACCCUUUUUGCUGUGUUGGAGGGACUACAAGUACUAUAGUAAAUCUCAGGUUUUUAAAAAAAAAGAGUAACUGCUUUUUGCUUUGUGUCUGUAGCAAUAGUGAUGAGAAGCUGAUUUUGCUGAUUUUUUUCCCUAGCUAUCCUAAACUUCAGUCUCCUCAUCUUCCCCCCAGCCCCAGCAAGCCUCAGCCUUUGGGGCAGAGGCAUCUCAUGACUCUUGAAGUAGUAGGGGGAUCUGGGGGAACAACGAUGACUUUGGAGAGGUUGCAUCACCCAAGUUGUCAUCAGGAUGGGCCUGAGAGCUACUCUAGCAAUGCACAGGGAGCACUGUGAAUAAAUGCCACUCUGCUCCAAUUGUUGCUUUUUCAAAAAGCAUCUCAGUGAGCUUCAUGAGCCAUGAAAUGCCUUUCAGUGCUGUAACUGUUAGGAGAUAAAUAUUGACAUUGGGAAAACAAAAAAAAAAGGUUGUUCAUUAUUCAGUAUAUUUUACCUCAGGAGCUAUCAGUUAGUUUUAAAGACAGGCUGUCACCCAGUGAAGGCAGGAGCAAUACCGUCACGCUGUGUGGCCGUGGUGGCAAACAGUUACAUUGAGCAAUCUGUGAACAAUGUCUGGACCAAAUCCCCUCAGUGUGGCUGCCUGCUGCAAACGCUCAGGGACAGCAGACACGCAAGGGGAAGCCGUAGCUGUUUGCCAUUGAUUCACAGCCUGAACGGGCGGGCUAAUGGGGUCCCGUGAUGGAGCUGCCAUUGAUCACUUAGCCAGCAGAACACUCCCCAGGAACUGGACCAGAAAAGCUAUUUAUUGAGUAGAAAGAAAUGGGUCUUCAAAUCGCAGUAACUGGGGAAUGAUUGGCAACAGGUAAAAAUGUUUCGUUGCCACAGGAGGAGGCAGGGAAGUGGGGGAGGCUCGGUAAUAUUGCAGGUGUGACAAGGGGAAUGGAGCUGGCAAAAAAAAGGGAAGGCGCUAAACUAAAGCACAAAUGAACACGGUCCCCUUUCUCCAUGUGGUGGCUGGAGCGUGGGGGACUUUUUAUGCUGGUUUGUGACAAGGAAAUAAAGUUUAGUUUAGAGGGAAUGGAGAAUUGCCUGGAAGAAAUAAGAGGAACCACUUGGGGUUGCUGGGUGGAGAGGACAGGCAGGAUUUGGCCACGAAUCCUUGAUGGCCAUGCCUUGAAGGGUGUCUCGACAGGCAGGAUAGGGCCAGGGCCAACAUGAAGCAUUAGGUAAGCUCUACAAAGAGAAACAAAAAUUAGAAAUUGAGAGAACACGGCCUGUUUCAUCCCUGCUCAAAUACCAGCAUUAUUCCUGAACAGCCAAGAGUUUACUAGGGCACUUUAAAGUCACGUAAGUAGGUCAGCUUGUCGCCAGAAUCUGCUUAUCCUCAAAACAUGUGAAAUUACUUCCUGACAGCCAGCAGACGAGAAGCAGGCAGCAGCGAGACAUGACAGCGGUGCCCAAGGCUGUAUCGACAAGGCAGAAGACUCCAGAAAGUGCAUUUUGCAUUUGCAAGUGCAUUUUAAUGCAUGACGUCCAGGUCUGAGCAGUGCCAAAGAAGCUGCUCCUUGCAAUAGCAAUGGUGCUGCAUGGCCCGAGGCUCCCCCGAACAGUGGUCUGCCUGUGGGCUUAUUCCCGGCCCUCAUCUGGGAAGCACAGAGCAGAUUCUGGAAAGAAACCCAAUCCCACUUGGCCAACGCUUUGCUUCAGGGCGAGUCAGUGAUAGAGUCCGGUGUGCCCGCCCCUAGUCCGGGCAACGUGGAGGUUUCCUGCUUCUCUGUGGCAGCAAAAAGAUGAAAUUUCCCUCCAAUGCUUUCGGCUUUCAGAGAAUUCCCAGCCCAGGGAAAAACCAUCCUGCGAGGCUUGGUGUUCAGCCACUGCUCACCAAAGGGAUGAUGGUGCUCGGGUGGUGACACUCGUUAAUGCAAAAGGAGUUUUGCUGCGGUAAAUCUCUACAGAGCAAUCUGAAAUGUUAUGUUAAUGGGAAAAAAGUCUCGUUAGUAGAGGUGAUUAGAGUUAGUGUUUAUUACAGAGAGAAGCUAAUGUUUUUAACUUUUAAUUAAAGAUGAGUUAGAACUGUUAACUGCUUAAAAUGUUACUUUUGCACAAGCUGGCACUUACAUUGCUAAAAGCAAUAUUCGUUCCUUUAAUGACAAAAUAAAAUACUGGCCAAACACCUCAGAGGAGCUUUCUUGACAGCCAGCUGGGACACAGUAUGAAACCAGAAGUGAAUAUUUCCAGGUUUUGUUUUUUUUGUUUUUACUUUUCUUUUCUUUUUUCCCCACGAAUACUUUAAAAAGGUUUGCUUCUCAUGCAACUACCCAGCUGCCUCUGGUGAGCAGAUGUAACGGCUGGCAGAGGCCCCCGGGCAGCCUGCCUUGGCCCAUGCAGCGUGGCCUCUCUCCAGAGCCCCUGAUGGCGCCGGCCAUGGCUGCGGGAGGAGGGAGGCGAGCCACCUGCCUGGCUCCUUUUCCAAGGCACUCAAAACCAGUGGCGUCCCACCUCACAAAACCCAUUGCUUCCCUCCUUUGGCCCUGUCCCGGCUGCAAGCCCCAGAGCAGCAUUGCCCUCCAUGCCCUCCGCCAUGCCCAGCCUGACACCAGCCUUCGGUAAAAAGCCGGCCGCAGCGGCAGAGGCGGGAGGCCCACGGCGAGGCGCACAAGCAAGGCAGCCCAAUCCUAAAACGAAGCCCUGACAUCACCAAAUCUCCCCUGAUGAAGUCAGAGCAGCUGCUGCGAAUAGAUGACCACGACUUCAGCAUGAGACCAGGUUUUGGAGGCCCUGCAAUUCCUGUUGGGGUGGAUGUCCAAGUUGAAAGUCUGGACAGCAUUUCUGAGGUGGACAUGGACUUCACCAUGACGCUGUAUCUGAGGCACUACUGGAAAGACGAGAGGCUGUCUUUCCCCAGCACCAACAACCAAAGCAUGACCUUUGACGGCAGGCUGGUGAAGAAGAUUUGGGUCCCCGACAUGUUCUUUGUCCACUCCAAGCGUUCCUUCAUCCAUGACACCACCACAGACAACGUCAUGCUGCGGGUCCAGCCAGAUGGGAAGGUACUUUAUAGCCUCAGAGUUACAGUAACAGCAAUGUGCAACAUGGAUUUUAGUCGCUUUCCCCUGGACACACAGACGUGCUCCCUGGAGAUUGAAAGCUAUGCCUACACUGAAGAUGAUCUCAUGCUCUACUGGAAGAAUGGGAACGAUUCCCUAAAAACAGAUGAGAGGAUAUCACUCUCCCAGUUCCUGAUCCAGGAGUUUCACACCACAACGAAGCUCGCCUUUUACAGCAGCACGGGGUGGUACAAUCGCCUCUAUAUAAACUUCACUUUACGCCGACACAUCUUCUUCUUCCUGCUCCAAACCUAUUUCCCUGCCACCCUCAUGGUGAUGUUGUCUUGGGUGUCUUUCUGGAUUGAUCGCCGAGCAGUUCCUGCCAGAGUCCCUUUAGGGAUAACCACCGUGCUGACCAUGUCCACGAUCAUCACUGGGGUGAACGCCUCCAUGCCUCGUGUUUCCUACAUCAAAGCAGUGGACAUUUACCUGUGGGUCAGUUUUGUGUUUGUCUUCCUCUCGGUGCUGGAAUAUGCAGCAGUGAAUUACCUGACUACGGUGCAAGAGCGGAAGGAGAGGAAACUGCGUGACAAGCUUCCCUGCGCGUGCAGCCUUCCUCAGCCUCGGCCCAUGAUGAUGGACGGCAGUUUCAACGACGGGGAUGUGAACGAACUGGGGCACUACGUGUCCGAGAACGGAGACAAACAAGACCGCAUGAUGGUGCAGCUGGCGCUGGGGUCUGAGAGGGGCUCAGGCAGGAGGAAAAACCAGAGAUACGUCAGCAUGCGGAUCGACACUCAUGCCAUCGACAAGUACUCCAGAAUAAUAUUCCCUGGUGCAUACAUUCUAUUUAAUUUGAUAUACUGGUCCAUUUUUUCAUAA